AUAGCUCAGCCGAGUGGAUACAAUCUGAAAACGUACCGUUUCGACCCCCCCUACCGUGGGAAGUUCAUCCCACUUUCCACCGCAGAAGCAACCGUAUUUCGACCGUUGUUACCUCUCCCUCGAUAUUGGAGAGAAUCUCCCUACCAUAAUUUGAUGGAUGAAUACCAGAUGGCUUCUUCAAUGCUCGAGUUGUUGCCUCCCCUUCUUCUGGGCCGCCUAUCGCUCCUCCCACCUCAAAGCCUUCAGUUUUUCAACUCCAUUUUCUCCAGAAACCCCGAAGUAUUCACGAAACCAUGUAGAAAUAAGCGGCCUUCUCUCCACUUGUGGAAGAGAAGGCAAUCUGCGUCUGGGUUCUUCUCUCCAUGCCUCCAUUAUAAAAAAUCCGGAAGUUUAUAACCUCGAAAAUGAUCGUAUUGUUCGGAAUUCUCUUGUAAUUUGGAACUCUUUGCUCUCCAUGUAUUCACAGUGCGGUCAAUUGUCGGAUGCGGUCAAGAUGUUUGAUGAGAUGCCUGUUAGAGAUACUAUUUCUUGUAAUUCAAUUAUUUCCGGGUUUUUGAGAAAUGGGAAGUUUGAGAUGGGAUUUGGGUAUUUUAAAGAAAUGAUACGUUCGGAGUUUCGUCGGCUUGAUCGUGCCAGUUUGACUACGGUUUUGUCAGCUUGUGAUGGACUUGAGUUUCUUGGAGUUACUAGGAUGCUGCAUGGAUUGGUGGUUUUGAGUGGUUUUAGGAGGGAAGUUACAGUUGGGAAUGCUCUGAUGACAUCGUAUUUUAGAUGUGGGUGUUCUAACUUGGGGAAACGGGUUUUUGAUGAGAUGGUGGAGAGGAAUGUCAUCUCUUGGACAGCAGUGAUAUCCGGCCUUGUCCAAAAUGAGUUUUAUGAGGAAAGUUUGGACUUGUUUGUGGAAAUGUACCAUGGAUCAGUAGCUCCGAACUAUUUGACGUAUCUGAGUGCGUUAUCCGCUUGUGCUGGCUUACAGGCUCUGAAAGAGGGUUGUCAGAUUCAUGGGGUUGUUUGGAAAUUGGGGAUUCAAUCAGACUUUUGUGUCGAAAGUGUGUUGAUGGAUAUGUACUCAAAAUGCGGUUGUGUGGAGGAUGCUUGGCAGAUUUUUGAGUCUGCUAAGGUGGUUGACGAGGUUUCCACGACUGUUGUUCUUGUGGGCUUUGCACAAAAUGGAUUCAAGGAUGAAGCGAUUCAGAUUUUUGUGAAAAUGGUACGGGCAGGAAUUAAGCUUGAUCCAAAUGUCAUAUCUGCCGUCCUUGGAGUGUUUGGCGUUGAAACUUCAUUGGAUCUUGGUAAACAAGUUCACUCUUUAGUUAUCAAGAAAGGAUUUGGUGCUAACCCUUUUGUUAGCAAUGGCUUAAUCAACAUGUAUUCCAAGUGUGGGAACUUGGAGGAAUCAGUUAAAAUUUUUACUGAGAUGCCACAGAGGAAUCCAGUUUCAUGGAAUUCAAUGAUUGCAGCAUUUGCUCGUCAUGGUAAUUGCUUUAGAGCAUUUGAAUUAUAUGAAGAGAUGACAUCAGAGGGUCGAGAGCCAACAGAUGUUACAUUUCUUUCUUUGCUUCACGCAUGCAGUCAUGUUGGUUUAGUGCACAGAGGCAUGGGGAUUUUAGAAACCAUGCAGAGAGUUUAUGGCAUGGUACCUAGGAUGGAACACUAUGCCUGUGUUGUUGACAUGCUUGGUCGGGCAGGUCUGCUUAAAGAAGCAAAGCAUUUUAUCGAAGGAUUACCUAUUGAGCCAGGAGCCUUAAUUUGGCAAGCUUUACUUGGUGCUUGUGGUAUUCAUGGUGAUAAUGAAAUGGGCAAGUAUGCUGCUGACCAACUGCUCUUGGCUGCACCAGAUAGCCCAGUGCCAUAUACAUUGAUGGCCAACAUGUGUUCUUCAGAAGGGAAAUGGAAUGAUAGAGCAACAAUUAUUAGGGAGAUGAAAGAGAGGGGAGUAGCUAAAGAGACGGGCACAAGUUGGAUUGAGAUUGAGAAGAAGAUUCAUAGUUUUGUUGUUGCUGAUCAAAUGCAUCCACAAAAUGAAUUUAUCUAUCAAAGUCUGUUAGGUUUGCUUAAGCAUAUGACAGAUGAGGGACAUCUGCUGGAGAAUAGAUUGAUUUUAUACUCCCGCAGACCAAAACAAAAUGGAAUAUUAGAUGCUAAACACUUCGAAUUCAUUGAGUGAUACCAAAUUAACAAUUAAACUUUGGCAUGAGUAAGAAAUCUACGAAUAUUGGAAGUCAUGAUUCCUUCGGCAUUCCGAACCUAGAUGUUCUCGUUCAAAUCACCUAGCUGCAAAUGAAAUUCUACAUCUCAUUUGAAAUAAGAGAUUGCUUUGGAGGGGUACUCAGUUAACGCUUGAGGACGAAUUUACCUGUGUUCUGUGGUAAGUUGCUCGAAAUAAGCACAUUGCAAAUGCAGUUAUAUGCUACGACAGACGACAGGCAAUAAAUAAGGUGUAGUCAUUUUAUCUCAACCAUCAUUUCUAUGGUUACCAUGAUUACAAGUAGCGUCAUUGCACAAUGACUGCAUCCAUUGUGCAUCAAAGAGAUUUAAGCCGAAUUUUCUCCUGCUAGACUCUGAUAUGUAUAGGCACAAGUAAAAUUUUGGAAUAUUUAUUUCUGGGGCAAUUUGACAUGCAUAUGGCAAGUAAAGCCAAGUGAAACGCCUCAAAUUA